AUGUCGUGGACGGUGUCGCUAGGCAUUUCCGGCGUGGCGUACCUGUACCCAGUGUACGCCACGUACAAAGCACUUACAGCCGCCACGCGCGGUGGCACUACGCCUGUUGCCUAUGCCUGGAAAGAAGGUGUGGGGGCUAGUACCAAGGCUAAGGAACCGCCGACGCACCUCAGUGAGCUAGAGACUUGGACGAUGUAUUGGUGCGUGAUGGGUAUCAUGUGGCUCUACAAUCUAUGGAUCGAGUGGUUGCUGCGCUGGCUCCCCUUUUAUUGGCAGAUUAAAUUCAUGUUCUACUGUUGGCUGGCGUUGCCGCAGACUCGCGGCGCUUCCUCUUUGUACAAGACCUACCUGGUCCCCUUCCUGGCGGAGCACGAAGCGGACAUUGAAAUGUGGUCGGAGCAUGCCAAGGCCCAAGCUAUGCAAGGCUUGCGGCUCGCGACCAAUGCCAUGGCUGGCAUCCUUCGCACAACAUUUCAGCCAGCCCCACCUACCAGCCCCAACACAGCACCAUCACCAGCUACAGAAACAUCAACCACGUCGCAUGCUAGUGCUACGCUGCACCAUGCGGGCUCUGUCGUGCACGAGGCAACUAUGCGCUGGCUGUCUAAUGCAGUCAAUGUUGCAAAUGAAGCUUCGAAGCAGCCCCUCGUCGAAUCACCGAAGAAAAAGACAUCACGAACACGGAAGAAUGCAUCAUAA